AAAAACAAGACAAAGACAACUGGAAAAGGAAUCAACCAAUCAUCUACAUAUAAAGUAUUACUAGUCACCCUCACCUAACCUUAGAACUUAUAGAAACAUUUAUAACUUGCACUUUCCUAAUAGGGAGUUUGGAUUUUCAAGUUCAGAUCAAUGGCCAACCUUUCUGAUGUCAUAGAAUUGGGUAAGAGUAGUGAAGAGAGGAAAGAAGCACAAGAAUUAGAAGAUGAAGAAAGUUUCUCAUAUGCAAUACACCUCGUCAACUCAAUUGUGCUACCAAUGGCACUUCAAUCUGCGGUUGAGCUUGGCGUUUUCGAUGUGUUGCAAAAAGCCGGUAAAGGUGCUCAAUUGUCGGCCGAGGAGAUUGCGGCCCGUCUUUCAUGUAACAAUCCGGAUGCUCCCAAAAUGUUGGAUCGCAUCCUUGCUCUUCUUGCUUCACAUGAUGUGUUGAAGUGUUUGGUCUUUCAAGAUCAAGAAAAGCUUGGAUCCUUUCAUAGACUUUAUAGUAUGGCUCCUGUUGCUAAAUUCUUUGCUCCUAAUUCUGAUGGUGUUUCAUUAGGACCAUUGAUGUCUUUGAUUCAAGAUAAGGUUUUCUUAGCAAGCUGGUCCGAGCUUAAUAAUGCAAUUCGAGAAGGAGGUGUUCCAUUCGACAUGGUUCAUGGCACACAUGCCUUUGAAUAUCCAAGCUUGGACUCAAGGUUCAACCAAGUUUUCAAUAAAGGGAUGAUCAAUCAUACCAAUAUAGUUAUGAAGAAGGUUCUUGAGUCUUAUGAAGGUUUCAAGGACAUAAAAAGGCUUGUGGAUGUUGGAGGUGGUCUUGGAGUCAACAUUAAAUUGAUCACAACUAAAUAUCCUCAAAUAGAGGGUAUCAAUUUUGACUUGCCUCAUGUCAUUCAACAUGCUCCUUCAUAUCCUGGAGUUGAACACGUUGGUGGAGAUAUGUUUGAAAGUGUGCCUAAAGGAGAUGCUAUCUUUAUGAAGUGGAUACUCCAUGAUUGGAGUGAUGAACACUGCUUAAAGCUUUUGAAGAAUUGUUAUGAUGCUAUCCCAAAUGAUGGGAAGGUGAUUGUUUUAGAGGCACUUAUUCCUAUUGUGCCUGAGAAUAGUCAUGUUGCAAAGUCUAUUUCGCAAUUGGAUGUUUUGAUGAUGACUCAAAACCCAGGAGGAAAAGAGCGAAGUAAGCAAGAAUUCAUUGAUUUGGCAACUAAAGUGGGAUUUAGUGGCAUCAGAUUUGAAUGUUUUGUCCGUAACUUUUGGGUCAUGGAGUUCUUUAAGUAAAGACUAUGUGCUAUUACUGCUAAAUGAAAUUGGUGUUGUCUCUGCUAUUGGUACUUUUGGGUCAUGGAGUUCUUUUGUUUUGUUGACUUGAUAUUUCUUUGUUCUACUACUGGAAUAAUAUUCCAUGUGUUGUAUAUGGUGGAAUAAAAUUUGUAGAAGAGAUAUUUUUAUAAUGUCUAAAAUUUAAAUAUAACCGUAAAAAAUAUUGAUUGAAAAUAUUUGAAGAUCCAUUGUGAGAA